UUCAGCAUAGAACAAAAAGCCUGUUGUGGCUGUUUUCAUGCACUGGAGGUAAUCGGCGGUGCGGCUGCUGAGCGCGAAUUAAAUCAACAUGCCUCGGGUUUAUAUCGGCAGGCUGAGUUAUCAUGUCCGCGAGAAGGACAUCCAGCGGUUCUUCAGCGGCUACGGGAAACUGCUGGAGGUGGACCUGAAGAACGGGUAUGGCUUCGUGGAGUUUGAAGACACCCGUGACGCGGACGAUGCCGUGUAUGAGCUGAACGGUAAAGAGCUGUGUGGCGAGAGGGUGAUGGUGGAGCAUGCCCGGGGUCCACGCAGAGACCGCGACAGCUAUGGAGGAGGAGGAGGAGGCGGCGGUGGUGGAGGAGGAGGAGGAGGAGGAGGAGGUUAUUAUGGUGGUGGCGGAGGAGGAGGCAGCAGCGGCGGUGGUGGUGGUGGAGGACGCAGUGGUUACAGCAGCAGGAGUCGCACCGGUAGGGACAAGUAUGGUCCUCCUGUUCGCACUGAGUAUCGGCUCAUUGUGGAGAAUCUGUCUAGUCGCUGCAGCUGGCAAGACCUAAAGGAUUUCAUGCGACAGGCAGGUGAGGUGACUUACGCGGAUGCCCAUAAGGAGCGUGCCAAUGAGGGCGUCAUUGAGUUUCGCUCUUACUCUGACAUGCGGAGAGCUCUGGAGAAACUGGAUGGCACUGACAUUAAUGGCAGGAAGAUUCGUCUGGUUGAAGACAAGCCACGAAGACGACGCUCCUACUCUGGGAGUCGCUCCCGGUCUCGUAGCCGUCGUCGUUCACGCAGCAGGAGUCGCCGUAGCAGCCGUUCCCGUAGCAAUUCAAGAUCUCGCUCAAGGUCCCGCUCUCGCCGUCACCGCUCCCGCUCCAGGUCAGGCCACAGGUCUCGUUCCAAAUCAGGACAAAAGUCUCGCUCCAAAUCUCCAUCCAGCAAGUCUCGCUCUCGCAACCGCAAAUCUCGUUCCCGCUCUCGCUCCCGCACGCACAAAUCACGCAGUCGGUCAACUAGUCGCAAGUCUCGCUCCCGCUCCGAUGACCGUAAGUCCCGCUCCAAGAGCACUUCUAAGGUGAAGUCAGAACGCGGUCGCUCCAAGGAGAAGUCGGUCAGCAAGAAAUCCAGGAGCAGGUCUGCUUCGCCUAUGGAGAAUGGAGAUGGGGAGCGUCCCAAAUCUGCUUCUCGCUCUCCAUCACCUCAGGCUGAACAGAGCAAAUACAAGUCUCCAGACAGGCACUCGCGCUCCCGCUCGAAGUCUGCCUCGCGCUCUAAAUCCCGCUCCCGUUCCAGAUCUGCGUCCCAAGACUAGUGUAGAGAAGUUACUUUUUUCCCCCCCUUUAUUUUAUCCUCCCCACCACCUGAUUAGAUGUACAUUUGUCAAGGAUAGUUUUCUAAUGGCUAUGGUGUCCAGAUCCAGGCAUUUCGUUUUUGCUUUUUAAUUCCGUGUCUUCUAUAGAGAGAGAAUCAUAGCUUCGAUAUUUUAUACACACACACAGACACACACACCAAUGGCAUGGAAAUGAUCAUCGGAUUAUAUUUAGUGCGCUGCAUGUCAAUCUUUUUUAAACUGUGAUCCUCUGUGCUGUGUGGGCUGGAUUAAAGGCCUCUUGGUAUUGAAACGACUGACCACUGCGUCUUGUGGCUUCUACAGUGCUGUCUGCCAUCUAAAGAAACAAGGCUUCCUUUUCUUCAUGUAAUUAGCCAAUUGAAAUCUCUGUUUUUGUUUUAUUAAAUUUCACUACCUAUUUCA